CGGUGAAGCUCGGUCUCUUUUCCCUUGUGCUGGGUAGAACGAUAUUUGGUGCUUGUUCUCUCUUGAAGAGCUAAGGCCGUAUCAGCGACUUGCACCAUUAUUAACAUUCAUCCAGUUUUAUUAUAAAACAAAUAAGUUACAAAUAUGAGUACCAAAGCUGAACUCGCCUGCAUUUAUUCGGCAUUAAUUCUUGUCGAUGAUGACGUCGCUGUUACUGGCGAAAAAAUUCAAACAAUUUUGAAAGCCGCAAAUGUUGAAGUGGAAUCCUAUUGGCCUGGACUUUUUGCUAAGGCUUUGGAGGGUGUAAAUGUAAAAGAACUUCUUACAAAUAUUGGAUCAGGAGUUGGAAGCGCACCAGCAGCAGCACCAGCAGCUGCAGCACCUGCCAGUGCAGAGGCUGCCCCAGCUAAAGAAGAAAAGAAGAAAGAAGAACCAGAAGAAGAAUCAGAUGAUGAUAUGGGCUUUGGUUUAUUCGACUAAACACAAGGAUUGUAAUUGAUCAGUCCAAACUUUUUUAUUUGUACAGUUAUAUUGUACAAUAAAUGAAAUAUUUUUAAAUCGAA